AUGGGUGGGGAAGCGUUUCCUUCUUUGAAGGCGUUCUUGUUUGGACCGAUUACUGAUCUUGCGCAUCUUGGCAACCCCACAGUGGUCAAGGAGGGCAUGCUCGAAUCGGCUGAAAAUGGUUCACGCACAGAUGCCGUACAAUGCGGUAUAAAUUUACAUCGAUCUUCGCUGAGGAUAGCACGCGUUAAAAAUCCGGAUGCACCGAGUACUUCUGCCGGAGGCGCAGAUGACAGCGGGAAUACAAACUCAACAAGUGAAGUUGGCACUGCCAGUCACGAUACUAUGUCCCCAGCGAUUUCGGCAAAAUUCAAUCCGGACGAUAAACACACUAGUGACACUGCAUUGUACGAAGAAGAUGAUGCCAAACUGUAUCAGUACUGGCUGAGGUUCCGAUUCGACAGCGUGUGCAGGGUCCGAUUUAUAAUUCACUUGGGUGCUACAGAAUACACUGAUGGCAGCAAAAAACUCGCCCUGAAGUCUCGUUUUACCUCGGAGCCUUUCUACUAUGAAGCUGGCUUCAACCAGGAAUUCGAAGAGACGGAGUUCACUGUCAAACCUUCACACUUACCACCCUCAGAACGAAAAUGGCUCAAGGAGAUGCCGGCACAAUAUCCCAUGGUAGUUAUGAUGGAAGCUCUGAACGAGAGAGAUGAAGCUGUAGAGUCAAUGACCACGACUGCAUCGUUCGAGGAGAACGCCGAGUUUAAAUUCUCAUGCUCGGUGAUGAAACAAAAGAUAUGUUCGGGUGGGGUGGUGUUUAUGCUGCAAGAAAUAUAUGGAUUAGAGGAAGACGAUCCAGAUGCGCCCACAGCGGACGAGGAUGACGCGGUAAAUUACGUUGAUGAUGAGGAUCACGAGUGCAUUGUAUGCCUCUGUGAUCCGAGAGAUACAGCUGUGCUGCCGUGUAGGCAUCUAUGUUUAUGCCAUGCUUGUGCAGAGGUGCUCCGAUAUCAGUCAAAUAAGUGUCCGAUGUGUAGGGCGCCGUUCCACUCACUCUUGUGUAUAAGUGUCGCAAAGAAACUGAAACCUGGACAGGAUCCAUUGGAAGAGGAAGAAGAGGAAGAAUUCGAAGGUGAACGGUAUCGACUAGUGCCCAUAUCGCACGCCGCGGAUAAAAUUGAACCACCUAUCAAAGAGAUCGUAGAAGUGAGCGACGGUGAUGAAUCAAAGAUCGAAAUUGCUGAUCCGAGUGAUGAUACUCACGUAGAUGUAAAGCGUAGCUCCAAGAAAAAAGCGGUGAACGAUGAUGUAGAAUCUGAGAUGGAUCAAAUUAUGGAUGCUAGUAUGGAGGUGAGCUCGGACAGCCACUCUGCGGAUGGGACAAGUCAAACAGAAUCUUUAAAAUAA